UGACAUGCAUGUCUAAGUAUCCCUCACAAAUAAAUUUUUAAAAAAGUAUAUUAAAAAUUAGAAUAGAGAGUAUCUUAUUUACAUAUAAACUUAGCUUUAUUAUCAACUACGUACCCGCUCUUACGUAUAGAAAAUAUAAUAACAUGCACAAAUUCAUAAUAAAUCACACAUCCAGUAUAUUCCGCUCAUAGAAAAAUUAUGAAAUGGGUCUGGGAAGGGAAGGACGGCGGCUACUCAAACCCACAAAGGAAAGCGCGAUCAAAAGAGUCCCCCAACUCGAGAAAGACAAUAAGAUGUAACUAUACGGAAAAGAUAAAUUAAAUUCAUAAUAAAUCACGUAUCACAAAAUUCAUCUAUAAAUAGUCUAACUGAUCGAUCAAUAACAUAAGUCUACCCAAUCUAACUAGCUACAUUUAUAGUACCCAAAAUCCACAGAAUUCUCUAAAUCAAAUUUAAAUAGCAUAAUAUGGCUAGCUCAGCUACAGUGACGUUAGCUUGUGUGAUUAUGAUUUGCAUGGUGCUAACUGCACCACAUGCCCAGGCAGCCGUAACGUGCGGCCUCGAGGCAACAAAAAUUGCCGGGUGCCUGGGCUACCUUGAAGGAGGGUCUGGUCCAUCGCUAGCUUGCUGCAGCGGGGUUGAGGCCCUGAAAAGCGCGGCCAGCACGCAGGCUGACAGGAAAACUGCAUGCAACUGCCUUAAAUCUAUGGCAGCUGCAAUUCAUAACCUAGACUAUGGCAAGGCUGCUGGUCUUCCUAAUAAAUGUGGUGUUAGCGUUCCUUACGCCAUUAGCCUCAGCACCAAUUGUAAUGCGUAUGUAAUUCUAUAAUUCUCUACAAGACUAAACCCUAGAUGGCGUUUAUUGUCAAAUUUUUUGUGUGAAUGACAGAGAUAUUUAUAACCAUCCCCUUACGUACUUGAAUUUUUUCAAAAUUAGUGCAUGAUGAUAAAAGGAUCCCAAUUCCUAUGUUUUGAUGUUAAUUAAGUUUUUUAGUCACAUUCAACUCAACCAAAAACUUAAGCUAAUGGUUGAAGAUUUGUUAUAUACUAUAACAUGCACCUUUACACGAGAGUUGUUUGGGUUAGCAGUGUAAAUGCAGUACAGACCCACCUAACGCUAAAUAUUCCACUUUAUAUGAGUUGGUUGAAACUUGAGAUUCGAACACGUAACUGUUGUCACACUGACUCUGAUACCAUAUUAAAGAACAAACGCAACCAAUAGCAUAGAUUCCUUGACAAUAAGAUCAUCAAUUCCUAGUAAAAUCUUGUUAGUGAACUAGUUCUAUGAAUUAUCAUUAUAAGUUAACUUCUUUUACUACAUCGAACUCAUUUUGUUAUAUUAUAUGUUAAAUGACCUACUAAACCUAUAGUCCCUCAGUUAUACUCUAUUAUGCUCUC